AUGGCGGACGAUCACGAGAAAGACUUGCAGAAAUUUCUUAAAAAUGUGGAUGAAAUCAGUAAUUUAAUUCAGGAGAUGAAUUCUGAUGACCCGGUUGUACAACAGAGAGCUGUCCUAGAGACAGAAAAGAGACUGCUGUUUACAGAGGAAGUCCAAGAGGAGGAUGGAUGCCGGACCACGCUGAACAAGACCAUGAUCAGUCCUCCACAAGCUUCUCCUGAGAAUACAGAUGAAAUAAACUCAGAAGCCUUCUUGGCAUCCGUGGAGUCGGAUGCAAAGGAACGUGCCAGAAGAAGAAGGGAGAACAAAGUCUUAGCAGAUGCCCUAAAACAGAAGGGGAACGAAGCGUUUGCCAGAGGUGACUAUGAAGCGGCCAUCCUGUGCUACAGUGACGGUUUGGAGAAGCUGAGGGAUAUGAAGGUGCUGUAUACCAACCGAGCCCAGGCUUAUAUAAAACUCGGGGACUUCCAGAAAGCAGUAGUGGAUUGUGAGUGGGCUCUGAAGUCAUUCUCUUUUAUGCAGUGUGAUGAAAAAUGCACAAAAGCAUAUUUCCAUAUGGGAAAGGCCCAUCUGGCCCUGAAGAACUACAAUGUGUCUAGAGAGUGUUAUCAGAAGAUCUUAGAAAUAAACCCCCAGCUGCAGACCCAAGUGAAAGAAUACCUCAAUCAAGUAAAUCUCCGGGAGAAAGCAGAUCUUCAAGAGAAGGAAGCCCACGAAUUGCUGGAUUCGGGAAAGAACACGGCAGUGACAGUCAAGAAUGUCCUGGAGACUCUCUGCAAGCCUGAUCAGACCCCCUUGUUCUAUGCAGGAGGGAUUGAAAUCCUGACUGAAAUGAUAAAGGAUUGCCCAGAACAGACUUUAUUCAGAACACACAAUGGAUUCAGUGUCAUCGGCGAGAAUGAGGUCAUAAGAAGGUGCUUCUCCACAGCAGGGAAAGAUGCAGUGGAAGAGACGGUCUGUGUGUCCGUCCUCAGACUCUGGCAAGCAGUGUGCGCUGGGAAUGAGGAGAACCAGCGCCUGCUGCUGCUGCGCCCCGAGAUGGGCGGCCUGCUGCCCUCCCUGCUGACCUCCCGCGUUCUGGGCCUCCGGAAGCAGAGCCUGGCCCUGCUGCUGCAGCUCGCCAGGACGGACCACGGACGGAGCCUUGUCGUCGGCCACCUUGACCUGACCCGAUUGUUGGAAGCCCUGGUGUCCUUUCUUGAUUUCUCAGAUAAGAAGGCCAACUCUGCUAUGGAACUGCUCACAGACUUGGCUCUGGAAGAAAGAUUCCAAGUCUGGUUCCAGGCCAACCUUCCAGGUGUGCUCCCGGCACUCACAGGUGUUCUGAGGAGAGAACCUACAAUAACCAACACGUCAGCUCUCUGCCAGUGUAUUGCCCUCGUGGGAAACCUUAGUGCUGAGGCUGCCGUCCGAAGACAGAUGUGUGCCUCUGAAGAGUUCGGGGAUGCCUGUCUGGGCCUCAUGGCCAGGUGUGAAGAGGCUGUGGACCUGUUCAGAGACGUCCUGUACACGCUCCUGGGACUUGUGAUGAACUUGUGUCUUCAGUCCCCCUUCAUCUGUGAGGUUUGGGCUGUGGAGGUGAGCAGAAGGUGCAUGUUUCUACUCAACAGCCAGGAUGGAGGGAUCCUGACAAGAGCCGCUGGCGUCCUCAGCCGCACCCUGUCUUCCUCUCGGAAGAUUAUUGAGGAGGCCCUGAGAGCAGGAGUGGUGAAGAAGAUGAUUAAGUUCCUAAAGACGGGAGGCCAGACCGCAUCACGAUAUGCCGUGAAGAUACUAGCUAUCUGCACUAAUAGCCAACACGAAGCACGAGAAGAAGUGAUAAGACUGGAUCAAAAGUUUGGCAUUCUGCUGAGGCUGCUCAGCUCAGAGGAUGAGAUUGUGGUGGCCAACGCUGCCCUCUGCCUGGGGAACUGCAUGGAGGUGCCCCGUGCCGCGUCUUCCCUGCUGAAGACGGACAUUGUGCAGGUGCUGCUAAGGCACGCAGGUGGCGACGCCCAGAAGACAGCCGUGCAGCUGAACACAGGGAUCGCCCUGGGGAAGCUGUGCACGGCCGAGCCCAGAUUUGUCGCUCAGCUGAGAGAGCUGCACGGGAUAGAGAUUCUCAACUCCACCAUGAAGUACGUGGCUGAUUCUUAA